AGACGGAGAUAGAUCAAAGAAAACAAACCAAGAUUCGAAGACAAAAUCUCAUCAAGUAGAUAGAGAACUGAAACAAAAUUAAGAACAAGAAGAGAACAAUGGCACAAGCACAAGUAGUAACUGAGAAGAAAAUCCAAAAAACACCAGAGAGAGAGAAGUGCACGAAAAAAACAUACGACGGUAUCAUGUCUUUCAAGUUCAAUGCACGGGCACGUGAAUUUGUCCCAAGAACAUAUACCCAGAUGCCCGCCUCUGCUUGUUUUUAUCCAGGCUUCAACUUUCUGGGUCGGAGUAAUAUUGGUGGUGGGACGUCUGAUUGGCUGUUUGUUGGGUACCAAGAGCCACCUCCAUAUUUGAUCUCUAACCGGCCUGAUGUUGUCGCCCCACCCUAUCGCACCAAGACCGUCCUUACUGAUGACCUUAAGCAAAAGAUCAUCAAACAGGUGGAAUAUCAAUUCAGCAACAUGAGUCUGCUUGCAAACGAAUCUUUUGUGAAACACAUGACUAGAGACCCCAAUGGUUAUGUUCCAAUAUCUGCUAUUGCUUCAGUAAAAAAGAUCAAGUCUCUUGUUAGUAAUAACCUUAUGCUUGCCCAAGCACUGCGGUCCUCUUCAAGGCUUGUUGUCAGUGAUGACGGCAAGAAGGUUAGACGUAAAGACCCUUUCACUGAGAAAGAGAAAGAGGAGUUGCAGUCUCGUAUUGUUGUGGCAGAAAACUUGCCUGAAGAUCACUCUCAUCAAUACCUUGAGAAGAUAUUUGGUGUGGUUGGGAGUGUGAAAGCAAUUCAAAUAUGCCAUCCCCAUGAAUCCCAUUCAUCUUGCUCCAAAGGCGAUUUUUCAAUCAGUAACAAGCUCCAUGCACUUGUGGAAUACGAGACUACGGAUACAGCUCAAAAAGCGGUUCAGAAAUUGAACGAUGAAAGGAAGUGGAGAAAGGGACUACGAGUAAGGUUGCUGCUUAGACGCUCGCCAAAAUCUGUUGUAAAGAACAGAAAGUCCGAGUUUGAUGGCGUUUUAGAGGAGGAAGAGGCUCCAUCUCCUCAAGUCACCGGAGAUUCCUGUCAACCAAACAACAGAGAGUCGGGAGUUGACAGCAACGUCGAAGAGAAUUCAGUGGGAUCAAAAAAAGGAUGUGGUCGAGGGCGUGGAAAAUCCAGAGGACGAGAUCAAAGCCAUGGUGGGCGUGCAAUGCAGCUUGCCCCAAGUCCCCAUUUGAACACCAGUACUAUUCAGGUUGAAACAUCUGCCAAAUAGGUUUCCAAUUCCAUGGCCAAUGCCAGGGGGUUUCGCCGAGGGAUGAGGCAAGCCAUUGAGUACUCCUGCUCUAGGUAGUUCAGCUAAGGGGUGGUGGGUGUGGAUUUUGUUUUUUGGUCUACUAUAGAUUAAUUACUAUAAUAAUAUAUGUGGCUCUGCAUAUACAAUGCCGCAUGGCAACUUUCUCUAUUUAGACAAAAUCCAUAGCAUUAAUGUACAUUUUGGGUUAGGAUCCGGUUCUGUCUGUAAUUGUUUAAUUUGUUUAAAUAACGCAAUUUAGGGGCACAUUGCAUAUUCUCUCUCUCUCUCAUGAUGUAAUGAGAUCAUUGUUUUAAUGGACAGAAGCACUGAGAUUGAUUCAAUAAAAUCAUUGAGAAGUA